UACGCGUUAAACACACUCGUAGAUAAUUCUCCUAAACGGACGAGGAGUGGAACCGGUUACAGGAUCGGCAGAGGGAACGAGUGAAAGUGAAGGAUCAAUUUAGUAAAGGCGAGUGUUGCGGCUUUGUGAUCCUAUGGUGGGAUCACCACCAAGGUUUGGCUCGCCUGCAAUUGGCAGGGUACUAUCAGUUUCUUGCGUGCAGAUCUAUCACGAGCACGAAAUAUCUUUUUAUCCUCGCGCGAUUGUCGUGUAAACAGCUCUUACUGUUUCGAGUGGCGAUCAAGAUGCAUCUCGCCGGACACAUUACGGUUUUAUCCGCACUCCUCCUCUUCUCGUCGAUUUCCGUUCUCGGGUUUCCGGAUGGCGCGCCGGUGGACGUGUGCGUGAAGCCACGGCCUAAUCAACCCUAUCACGGCGAGGCGCGGUCACAGCCCUUAAACACGAACCCCUACAAGAUACUGGCUUCGUCGUCGCAGUAUGAACCAGGCUCGCAGGUCACAGUCACCAUCGGGGGUGCCCCGUUUAAGGGAUUCUUGCUGCAGGCACGUGACGCCAGCACCAACGAAUGGAUCGGAAGCUGGUCUCGUACGUCGAACACGAAGGUGCAUUCCGAGUGCAGUGCCGUGACACACGCGGAUCCACACGAUAAGGAGCAGGCCACCUUCAUCUGGAACGCGCCGCAGAACGCACGCGGCAGCGUUUACUUCACCGGAACUGUACUAAAGGACUAUUCAACAUUCUGGUCCGAACUGGUGUCCCAGACUGCAAAAUAAGAAUUCGUCAGCAUACUGCCUGCAUCUUUACUCGUCGACGAAGUGCUUUCGCCAAAGGCUAGAUUCCAUCUUUAUACACAAAUUUUUAAAUUUAUUCGUUAUAUAGUUUGAUAUGUGACAUGUUGCGCAAUAUUUGAUAUAAAUCUUAUAUUUUUGUACCAUCGUAAGAAUACCGAGCAUUUUAUAAUAAUAAAGAAUUAUGUGUUGUUCGUUCUAUAUGUAA